CCAUCGCAUCCUUGAUCUGCCCUCAAACCAGAUACCAGAUAAGACAAGUCUAUAAUCACCUUUCGGGUUCAAAUACUACCAUGUCUGGGGAAAUAUGGCAGGAUGUUCCCCUUGCUCCACCCGACAGCAUUUUCAAAUUGACUGCGUCGUACAAGGCGGACACGUUCCCUCAGAAAGUCAACCUCGGUGUUGGAGCGUACAGAGAUGAUGACAACAAACCAUGGGUCCUUCCUGUCAUUAAGAAGGCCACACACAUUCUUCUGAAUGACCCUAACCUCGAUCACGAAUACCUCCCCAUCACGGGUUUACCGGAGUUCACUGCCGGUGCGGCGAAGCUCAUUCUUGGCGCAGAUUCGCCUUCUAUUGCAGAAGGGCGUGCCGUUAGCGUGCAGACCAUUUCCGGAACUGGCGCAAAUCACUUGGGAGCCUUGUUCCUAAGCAAGUUUUACCAUUGGGAAGGCCCCAAGCAGAUUUACUUGAGUAAUCCAACUUGGGCUAACCACCAUGCCAUUUUCAAGAACGUUGGCAUCCAACCUAUAGAUUACCCUUACUAUGACCCGACCACCAUCGGCCUGGACUUUGAUGGUUUCAUUGGAGUCCUGCAAAGC